AAUUACACAAAAGAAGUAAUAAUGGAAGAUCCUAUCGAACUGAAGUCCGUUCUUAUGACACGCGCCGGGUAUGCCGUGGUGCAACCCACGCAAACGAAUUUCAUAGAUUUACAAUUUUUGUGCCAGAAAAAAAAAAAAAAAAAAAAAGGGACCCCUUCGCUUCAAACCCUUCCUCCUCAAAUCACUCAGUCAUGGAUUUCUCUGCUUUCUCCGCUCCUUCCUAAUCGAUCAUGAACUCAAUUCGAUAAUCUCAAUUUGAGAAGAGAUAAGAGAGACGGAGAGAGAUUUUAGAGAGAGAGAGAGAGACGGAGAUAGAUUUUAAAGAGAGAGAGAGAGAGACGGAGAGAGAUUUUUAGAGAGAGAGAGACGGAGAGAGAUUUUAGAGAGAGACGGAGAGAGAUUUUAGAGAGAGAGAGAGAGAGAGAGAGAUGUGGCAUAUGAGGAGACCACACUUCCUUUUGGGGUUCGACUCGUCUCUGUCUUCUGAAAGACUGAAUAUUCCGUACAACUUUGUUAAGCAUUUGGAAGGAAAAACACCUGGCACCGCACUUUUAGUGGGCCCCAGUGGGAACGAUUGGUACGUUAACUUGAUUCACACGGACAACGGUUUAUUCCUAAAUGACGGAUGGGCAGAUUUUGUUAGAGACCACUUUCUCGAGCACGGUGAUGCUAUGGUUUUUAGAUACGAUGGGGAGUUGCAUUUUACGGUGCAAAUAUUCGACCAGAGUAUGUGCGAGAAGGAAGCUGCAUUUACCGUCGAAAGCAGCCAAGAUUUAAGUAAAUACGAUGUUAAUGUUGUGAGAAAACGAGGUAGGGAAAGAUCGGCUCUGCUUGAUAGCAUUAUCGAGGGUGUUCCCAAAAGAAUGAGGACGCAAUCCGGAAGCUUCCGGAAUGUUCAUGAGAACAAUUUGACCGUGGUUGACCAAAACCAUAAUUGGAUGCAGCAGGUUGAUUGUGGUAGUAACUUGAAGAGUAAUGUUACUGUUGCUGUACCUCUUACGAUAGUUCCUCAUGAAAACACAGAUCCGUCAAUCGGGAAUCAAACCACGAAGCUAGAUAUGCUAUUAUUGUCUGCAUCAGAGGCAGAAAGAAUGGCCGGAUCGUUUACAUCUUCUUACCCCAACUUUACAAAAGUCAUGAAAAAAUUCAACAUAAGCGGUUCUUACACUCUGAAUCUACCGUAUCAAUUUGCAACAGAACACCUCCCCAAGUGCAAAUUGAAGAUUGUGCUUCGUAAUUUAAAAGGAGAAACCUGGACUGUGAAUUCCAUCCCCACUACAAAAGUCCAAACGUCGCAUACUUUCUGUGGAGGCUGGUUGGCUUUUGUUCGCGAUAAUAAUAUAGAUAUUGGAGAUAUCUGCAUAUUUGAGCUCGUGCGCAAAGUUGAAUUCAAUGUGAGGAUUCUUAGAGUAGGAAAGGAAGGAACAGACGGUCAUAACCGCGGAACAGCUAAUGGAGGGAGAGACAAUAGUUGUACCACAUCGAAAAAAUUGUCGAGGCGUAAAUCGAAAAAGAAAAGUGAUAAUACCAGUGUUAAGGCACCUCCUCUCUGCACUCAAUCGACCAAUUGCAUUGUGGAAUCAGAGAUUCAUAAAAGAUUUGGAUCACUCGACAAACAAGGCUCUCACGCUAAAGGUUGUAUGUCGAUGAAGUCGGUGCCGGAAGAGAAAAUGGCUGCUCAGUAUUUUGUUUCAAGUUUUCCUCAUUUUGUAAGAGUUAUGAAGAAGUUCAACAUCAGUGGUUCAUUCACUCUGAAAAUUCCCUAUCAGUUCUCGGUAGAACACCUGCCGGCCAGCAGAACAGAGAUUCUUCUCCGUAAUUUAAACGGAAAGUGCUGGACCGUAAACUCUAUCCCCACUACAAAGGUGCAGGCUUUGCACACUUUCUGUGGUGGAUGGAUGGCUUUUGUUCGUGACAACGACAUUCAGAUGGGAGAUAUUUGCAUCUUUGAGCUCGUCGGUAAAUGCGAAAUGCGCGUUCACAUUUGUGGAAUCGGGAAAAAAGGGUUGAACUAUCAAAAUGGUACAACAAGGAAUCUUCCCAUGCCAUGAAAUUCAAAGAGAGAGAAAGUCGAUUCAUAACCUAACUACUACCUACGGUGAACUUUCCAGCUAGUGAAAAUGUGUUGUGAAAUAAACGAUAAAGACGACCUCUUUAUGGUUUUUAGAUGUUAGUGUUGAACUGUAAACAUUUGUCGGAUGUCGUUUUUUUUUUUUUCUUUUUUUUUUUUUGCUGUAUGCAUCAAAUCUUCGCACUCUUCUGCCCAAAGAUGACGAGACUGAUUGCACUGUGUAUAGUGUAUUAGUUAGCUAUUAGAGCGUUUUCUUAUUCUUUUUUAGUUUCCUGUAAUUCUGUUUAUAUGGGCUUUUGUAACUUCGUCAUUUGUUUUUCGGCUCUGCGGACUUCUUUGCAGCUGUUAUUUUUUCAUGUAAAAUAUUUAGACUGAGUAUUACGACUUGCUUUCGCUCGUUGUGUAAUCAAACCUUUGUUUAGAUUCUCUUAGAAAAUGUAUUUGAGCUUUCGAUCCAUCUGCUGGUAAUUGAUUCGACGUUAUGGAUUA